AUGCAAAGGUUUACUAUCGGUCUCGGAUUGUGUUUACUGGCAGCGUCGGUGAGCGCGAUUCCAGUUGAUAACAAUGUCGAGGGAGAGCCCGAGAUCGAGUGUGGACCAACAUCCAUCACAGUAAACUUCAACACCAGAAACGCAUUCGAGGGGCACGUCUACGUCAAGGGACUCUUCGAUCAACAAGAGUGCAGAAAUGACGAGGGAGGACGGCAAGUUGCCGGUAUCGAGCUUCCAUUCGACACUUGCAACGUGGCACGUACCCGUUCGUUGAACCCCAAGGGAGUGUUCGUCACCACCACCGUCGUUGUCUCCUUCCAUCCACAAUUCGUCACCAAGGUUGAUCGAGCCUACCGUAUCCAAUGCUUCUACAUGGAAGCCGACAAGACCGUCUCCACCCAAAUCGAAGUCUCCGAUCUCACGACCGCCUUCCAAACCCAAGUCGUCCCAAUGCCAAUCUGCAAGUACGAGAUUCUCAACGGAGGACCAACCGGAGAGCCAGUGCAAUUUGCCACUAUUGGACAACAAGUCUACCACAAAUGGACUUGCGAUUCCGAGACCGUCGACACCUUCUGCGCCGUCGUUCACUCUUGCACUGUCGAUGAUGGAAACGGUGACACCGUUCAGAUUCUUGAUGAGAACGGUUGUGCUCUCGACAAGUUCUUGCUCAACAAUCUCGAAUAUCCAACUGAUUUGAUGGCUGGACAAGAAGCUCACGUCUACAAAUACGCCGAUCGCUCUCAAUUGUUCUAUCAAUGCCAGAUUUCGAUCACUGUCAAGGAACCACAUGAGGAGUGCGCUCGCCCGACUUGCUCUGAGCCACAAGGAUUUGGAGCUGUCAAGCAGGCCAAUCAGACCGCUCAGUUCUUUAGAGUUUUGAAGAAGAGAUCCGUUGAAGCUAUGGAGAAUGUGUUGGAUGUGCGCGCCGAGCUUACGACUUUGGAAGUUUUGGAAGGAGAUCUCCCAGCCUCUCUCCGAACAUCCGCUGAAGCUCUAGUCGCCUCCAGCGAAAUCGGAUACGACACUUUCGGCCAAGGAUUCUGCGUCAGCUACUUCGCCGUCUCCAUCGCCUCCGUCUUCGCCGGAUUCACCAUCUUCGUCGCCAUUUUCAUGACGUACAUGAUCGUUUCCCGAGUGCCACGAUCAAAGAAUUCUGACUGCUAG